AUGUCGGCUUCCGAGCAACAGUCCUCGAGCCUGCCUUUCGGCCAGAACAUCUCCCUCAGCGAUGUCAGCGGUCCUACCUACUUGACUGCUCAGACCUUGGUUCAACAGGUUGCAUACUCGCUCUCAGACAAGAUCUUCUCGUACUCGCCCGAAACCUUCGACCUUGAUGUUGCCGCAAAGAGCUGGGAGAGUGCCGGUGAGCAAAAUGUUCACGGUUACAAGACUGGUCUCGCAGCAAUGGAGACUCGCUCCGGUGCUGGCUCAAUUGCCCUCGGAUACAUGUUCUCCAAGGACUUUGACUUGAAGAAGCGCCACAUUCCCCAGUCCAUCGUCGCCUCCUCCGGCUCUCUUGCCCAUCUGCGCCCUGCCCUCGACCAAUUGGCUCUUCUUUACAACGUUGCCAACCCUACUGUAGCACACGUCGCUGCUGUCGACUAUGCUGCCAACUCGUCCACCGGUCUCGUCACCGACUAUGUCUCGGCCCUUCGUCUCGCUGAGGAACUUGGUCUGGGUCUUGUUGCAUCCGCCUCCGCUUACGAGAUGCAGCACAUGUCCCUCUUCGCAACCCUAAUGGCCUCGAUCGUUCCUUCUAUCCACGUUUACGACGGCAUCACUGUUGGCAGAGAGACCACCAGAAUCAUCGACGUCCUUGACAAGUCUGGCCUUAAGAAGACCUACGACGCCAUUCUCGGCGAUUCGUCCCUUACCGAGAAGAAGCACUCUGACAACGAGGGUAGAGUCAGCCGUCUCAUGAAGGCUUUCAACAACGAAUUGGGCACCGAGUACAAGCUGUUCGAGUACUCCGGCCAUGCCGAGCCUGAGUCUGUCCUCGUUGUUUUCGGUACCGUUGAGGCUUCUUUGGCUUCGCAGAUCGCUCGCGCUCUUUCGGAGAAGGGUGUCAAGAUUGGAGUCAUCAACGUCCGUGUGUAUCGUCCUUUCGUCGAGGAAGAGUUCCUCGAGGUUCUUGCUCCUUCGGUCCAGAACGUUGCAGUCCUCGGCCAAGUCCUUGACCAGUCGGCUGUCACCGACGAGACCCAACACUCUGGUCUUUACACCGACGUUCUUGCUGCUCUCAGCUUUGCUACCCUUAACCAGACUCCCGCUGUCUUCGACAUCAAGUAUGCCAGAGAGCAGGUCUGGACCCCUACCUCGGUCGCUGGCCUCUUGCAGCAGAUCGGCCAGAAGAUUGACCAUGCCCCUACCGAGGAGGAGCGUUUCGAGCUCCCCACUGGUGAUCUCCAGCAGUACACUUUCUGGGACGUCGACAGCUCCAACGCCGUGUCCGCUCCCAUCAUGGUUGGCCAACUUCUGUCUGGUGACAACAAGCUCAACGUCAGUGUUCGCAGUGGCCACGACAACCUCGUGGCUGGUGGUGCUAUGCGCACCGAUAUCAGAACCUCGACCAAGUCUAUCGAGGCUGCCUACUCUGUCAGCUCUGCCGACGUCGCCAUUGUCAACGACUCUGGUCUGCUGAAGAGCUUCGAUGUUCUCAAGUCCGUCAAGGAUGAGGGCAUUGUUGUCGUCAAGCUCGCUGGCGUCAAAGACGAUGAGGUCGAGAAGCACCUCUCUACUGAGGUUCGCAAGGCUCUGGCCUCCAAGAAGAUUCAGCUCUUUGCCCUUGAUACCGCCGCUUCUGCCAAGGUUCAGGAGCAGCCCGAGCUGGAGAGCUACCUUGUCCAGCUUGCUUUCCUCAAGCUCGCUCGUAGCGAUCUCUACGAGACUGGUGUCAAGAAGCUCGCUGGUGGUAACGACGCUCUCGAGGCUCUUUCCAAGGAGCUCGAUGAAGUUGUUCGCAAGGUCGAGAUCCCUGAGUCUUGGCUCACUGUUGAUCCUGAGGCCAACCAACCUCCGCUUAUGCCUGAGGACUUGAACAUCAACAGCUUCAUCAAGUUCGACAAGGAGGAGCCUGAGGAGGCUUACCUUCUUAGAGACUGGGAGAAGGUUGCCAAGGGUCUUGCCUUCAAGGAGGCAUACGGCACCCAGAACGCUCUGCGUCCCGACCUUAGCGUCAAGACUGCUGUCGUCACUGUCAAGGAGCGUCGCCGUCUUACUCCCAGAACCUACGAUCGUAACAUCUUCCACAUUGAGUUCGACCUUGGUCAGACUGGUCUUACCUAUGCCAUUGGUGAGGCUCUUGGUAUCCACGCCGAGAACGACAAGACCGAAGUCGAGGAGUUCAUUAAGUGGUACGGUCUUAACCCUGAGGAGGUUGUUGAGGUUCCUUCUCGUGAGGACGCCCAGGUUCUGGAGAACCGCACUGUCUACCAGGCUCUCCUUCAGAACGUGGACAUCUUCGGCCGUCCUCCUAAGCGUUUCUACGAAGCACUUGCAGAAUACGCUUCGGACGAUGCUGAGAAGACUCAGCUUCUCUUGCUCGGUACCGGUGGUAACCAGGAAGCUCAGGUUGACUUCAAGCGCCGUGCUGAGGUUGACACCGUCACUUACGCUGACCUUCUGCUCGAAUUCNCCUCUGCUCAUCCUUCGUUCCAUGACAUCACUCGUCUCGUUGCUCCUAUGAAGCGUCGUGAGUACUCUAUUGCUUCUUCGCAGAGAGUCACUCCCACCACUGUCACUCUCUGUAUCGUUACUGUCAACUGGGUUGACCCCAAGGGCCGCGACCGCUUCGGUCAGGCUACUCGCUACCUCAACGGUCUCGAGGUUGGCCAGACCGUUACCGUUUCUGUCAAGCCUUCGGUUAUGAAGCUUCCUCACAAGUCUACCGCUCCCAUCAUCAUGGCCGGUCUUGGUACGGGUCUUGCUCCCUUCCGUGCCUUCGUCCAGGAGCGUGCUUGGCAGAAGGAGCAGGGCAUGGACAUCGGUGCUGUCAUGCUUUACAUGGGUUCUCGUCACCAGAAGGAGGAAUACCUCUACGGUGAGGAGUGGGAGGCUUACAAGGAUGCUGGUAUCAUCACUCACAUGGGUUGUGCUUUCUCUCGUGAUCAGCCCGAGAAGAUCUACAUUCAGGAUCGCAUGCGCGAGACCCUGAAGGAGAUCCGCCAGGCCUACCUUCGCGAGGAAGGUGCCUUCUACCUCUGUGGUCCUACCUGGCCCGUGCCUGAUGUUACCAAUGUUCUUGAAGAGGCCAUUGAGGUUGAGGCCAAGGAGAAUGGCAAGAAGGUCGAUUCUCGCAAGGUCAUUGACCAGCUCAAGGAUGAGGAGAGAUACGUCCUCGAAGUCUACUAG